AUGACUGGUGACAUUGGGGAGAAGGGCUCUUGUACUACUUGUGUUUACACCGAAGACUUUUCCAAUUACUGGACUGCUGCGAUGUACUUCAAGCAUGAGAAUGGUUCAUACAAGCGCGUUCCAAUCUAUCCGAACGCUCAACUCGGAUAUGAAGGCCAGGAUGCAGCUGAUAUAAAUGGCGGGAUGACCAUCUACUACACUCAGAAAGACUUCAAUAGCUCAGACCUUGACAACCACAUCACUGCAUUCCCACCCGGAUUCCGCAUGACCGUUGGAAACCCAGCAAACUCCGCACAGAACGGUACUCGAAAUGGUCUCGCAUAUACAUGCCUCCAAACAGUCCUCACUCGCGGUUCUGAAACUUUGGAUUUCCCCACCAAGCCUUGUCCCGCAGGCAUCAUGGCCAUCCAUCACUUCCCGUCAUGCUGGGACGGUAAGAACCUAGACUCGCCCGAUCACCAAUCCCACAUGUACAAUACCGAUCCCGGCCACUUCCGACCUGCCUCUCCCUGCCCAUCCUCUCACCCCAUCCGCAUGCCGCAGCUAGCAUACGAAACACUCUGGAACACGACGGCUUUCGCGGACAUGUGGCCCAAGGAUGGCUCGCAGCCGUUCGUGUGGAGCUACUCGGACCACAAGGGAUACGGCACGCAUGCGGACUACAUGUUUGGGUGGAAGGGAGACAGCUUGCAGCGUGCGAUGAACGACAGUUGUAUGUUUCAUGGUUGCGGGAGCCCGGGAGUACAGGGGGUACUGAAGACGCAGACCGUGGAGGAGAUGAACAAGUGUAGUGUACAGAGCACGGUGGAAGAAGAUGUUGACGGGUGGUUGGACCAUUUACCUGGUUAUGAGAUGGAGGUCUGA